GGACGUCGUGACGUGUAAAUACGCCAUUGGUUAAAACACACCAAGAGAACCCAUUACCAAAGUCUCACGGAGAAUCCCAUCUCUUUCCCCACGCCAACUCAAUCUUUUUCGUCGUCAAAAGCCAAAGCUUUUUGCUUUUUUGUCUUAAUGGGUUUCAUCUCUUGCAUCUCAUUUCCGACGAUCAAUUCAAGAAUUCUAUCGACUCACCACUUUUCCAAGCACUCGACUUCAGCGUCUUCUUCAUAUUCACUUAAGUUUGCUUUGAGACGUCAGGAGGAUAAACCCAAAGUCUCGUUUUUUCUUCCAUUAACGUCUUCGUUAAUGGCGACCCCUAUUCAAGCCUCUUCUUCCUCCACCAUUGGUGAGACCAGUGAUGGCUUGAAGGUCCAGUCUCAUGUUUCAAUUGGAGCAAACGAUCUGCUGAUUGUUGGACCGGGUGUUCUUGGACGCUUAGUUGCAGAACAGUGGAGACAGGAACAUCCAGAGUCUCAAAUCUUUGGGCAGACAGUAACAACAAAUCAUCAUGGUGAGUUGGAGAAUUUGGGUAUCAAACCAUCUCUUAAAGGAACCGAAUAUGGGGGAAAGUUCUCCUAUGUGAUCUUUUGUGCUCCACCAUCACAAAGCGCUGAUUAUGCUGGUGAAGUCAGGAAUGCAGCAUCAAACUGGAAUGGCGAAGGAUCAUUCUUAUUCACAUCUAGUUCUGCACCUUAUGAUUGCUUUGAUAACGGAGAAUGCAACGAGGAUUCUCCAGUAGUGCCACUGGGAAAGAGUCCAAGAACUGAUGUGCUUUUGAAAGCUGAAAAAGUAGUGUUGGAAUGUGGAGGGACUGUCCUUAGACUAGCAGGGCUUUACACAGAAACUAGAGGUGCACAUACUUACUGGUUGAGUAAGGAGACAAUUGAUGCUCGUCCUGAUCAUAUUCUAAAUCUCAUACACUAUGAGGAUGCAGCAUCGCUGGCAGUUGCAAUCAUGAAGAAGAAAGCCGGUGCUCGGAUUUUCUUGGGUUGUGACAACCAUCCUUUGUCAAGGCAAGAGGUGAUGGACCUGAUGGCUCAAAGCGGAAAAUUUGAUAAGAAGUUCAAAGGUUUUACAAGCACCAGUGGUCCUUUAGGGAAGAAGCUGAACAACUCUAAGACACGAGCGGAGAUAGGAUGGGAGCCGAAGUAUCCAAGCUUUGCCCAAUUUUUUGGAGUAUCGACAUAAUAUUUUUACUUGGAUUGAUUAAGAAUGUCUCUAGCGCUGAAGAAUCCAAUAAUGUGAAGCAUUAUUUAUGUUUGGUACAAACAAACUCAUGUAUCCUCUUGAGUGAUCAAACAGCUGAAAUUUUCAGAAUUCUUCAUAAAGCUCCAUGGUUCAUAUAUAUAAAUCAUAUUUUGUUAAUUUACU